AAAAGAAACUGAAUACCUUCACGACAAGCGCGAUCGAAGAAGGAGAAGAAACAACUACCACCGACUGUCCACCGCCGUUGCGCCCACCACCGUCGGAGAAGAACCAACGAUCGUCCCCUGUCGUCAUGUCGUCCUUCAAAGCGGCUCUGUCGUCGAUCUUGCUCUUCUUGACCGGGUUCGUCCUCUUUCCGGGCGUCGUGUCCUUGGGAACGGCCCACCCUGUUCCGGCGGAGGGGCCUGUCCUGAAAGAGGGGCUGCUGCAGCUGUCCAGUAAGGAUGAAGCCUUCUUGGGAGAUUCUUCUCAAAUCGCACAAGUACAUUCUUCGGAGAUUUGCAAUGGAAUGACUGUGGAUAUGGAUCUAACGGCCAAGAAUCAAAAGUUAUUGUAAGAAAAAACUGCUCCCCGUCCUGCUUCUCAGACAUUGUGUGUGGACACUAUAAAGCAGCUACAACUACCACCAUGAAUGUAUUGCUUUUGUCUUGCAUGCAGCAGAAGCAAGAGCGGCAAGGAGCCUGCUCAGUGCAAGCAGUCUGCAAUGCGUUUCAGCCUAAGUAGCACAACAUCGGCAAGGCAGAAGCGUCUUUCAUGCUCAAUGCGCCGGCUACUACGUACCUAAUCAGGCAUGCGACCCCCUGGCACAAGACAUACACACAUCGGCACCGCAAGUCUUCCAUUUUAGAACGGCUAUGGCAUUGGGGAAGCGCAGGGGAGAAGAUGUUUCAUUUUGAAAUACUUGCGCCGACGUCGAGGCCUCUCUCACGGGCAAGAAGAGUAUUUAUUGUGGUAACGGAUCCCCAAACUACUGCCUGCGGAAAGGCGCAAAAAACCUGGAAAAGGCUUAAGCGUUUUUCAUUCGUGCGGCGCCAGUUUAUGUAAGGAGCUAAAUACGCCCACGGCGCGCCUGGGCAAAAGAAAACCAAAUCAAAACAUGAAGCAGCGACGCCGCCCUUGCUGUUGCUCUUUAGACGAAAAUAGAUGGGUUCGCGAUGAAACCCUUCAAGCUGCGAAAUGUCUUGCAGAGGUCUGCCCGCUUUUUGUUUUUAAUGAGCCAGAAGCGAGAGCGGGAAGCGCAAGCAGCCACACGGCGUUGCGUGCUGUGUUAGGACGUGCCCAGGCUAAGGAAGCAGGUAGCCCCGUGGGCGCCAUUUCGGGUAAAAUGUGCGUAAGCUUUAACCCGAAGCAGAGAACCUUAGCGAAAAAGCACACGUGGGCGCAUCGGGCGCAUGUACUGCAAAACCCGCGUCGAGAAGCUCUGGCUGAGCUUCGGCGGGGAUUGAAGUAAGACAGAGGUCGCCGCCGACGCACUCGCCGUUGGGGCCUUAUUUUUUUUGUUUGGCAGCGCGCUGCCGCGCCCGCGUAAGUAGUAGUGCCGGCGCCAGUGUGCUGCCUGCCCUUCUUUUCUUGGCACGCCCCUGCCUUGGGGGAGGAGGCCCGCCCGAAAGCCCUGCCUGCGCCCCCCCCCGGGCCGGGUGUGUGUGCUGUAGCGUGAGGAAAACCUGAAGAGGGCGCGCAGGCUUUCACUUCGUGCAACCGGCAGGCGCCGGAAGCCUAUGGUGGGGCCUGCGAUAAAGCGCCUCGCGGAUGAUGUUCUUCCGGCUACCCCUGGAAAGUGGCUUUGAUUCAUUGUGUGGAGGCGCAUUUUUUUCUGGAAGCAGUCCUCCAGGCCGCAUGGUGGCGCGAAACAAAAUGCAAAACCCGGAGGGCCGCUUGCUUGGCUUGUCACCCGGCGCCCGUAGCAUGCAGAGCAGCGCCGGGCCAAAUGCCCUUUCUAGUGGCAACGCCACCGGCGCACCAGCGCCCGUCCCCUUUUUUCCGUAUCUGGCCGCGACCGCAGCUCCAGCCAGCAGCCUGCCCACAAGUGCAACCAACGUCCUGGCGCCGGCCGUGUGGCGUUUGCCCCGUUUUGUACAGUUGCCCGGGCGCCCGCGAAGGUUCCGGACGCACCCACGUCGGGCGUCGUUUGGGCGCCCACGCCCGUGUGGCCCCGGCCUUGCCAGCCUUUGUGUCACGCGCGGGCGCGAGGGCGUGCCCUGUGCUGAUAAUCCGGGCGGGCCCACCCGGGGAGCCCGGGUGGGAAGCUGGGCGCCGGCUUGCCGGCCGUGCGGUGCAUACCAUAUAUUUGUGGCGAAGCUGGGUGAGCCGCGCGAGCUCCAACCCCUGCAUGCAGGCGCGCCCGUUCUUGAUGUAAGUAGCUGCCACGCCGGUGCCUUACCGGUCUCUCUCCCUCUGCCUUACUUAGAGGGCCCGCAUUCAUUGGCGUGCGCGCGCCUCAAGAGACCCCGCCGUGCCGCUCAGUUAUUGUGGAAGGCGGGCCUACCCGCCCCGCCCGCCCGGUGUCCGGCAGUCGGGUUCAUUGGGAUUCCGCUCCGCUUCACGCCGCAAUCUCACUCACCGCCUGUUAUUAGCUUUAUGAGCUGCGGCGCCCGGAAGUAUUUUCAAGCAAUGACGCCCGCAGCCCCGCCCUCCGCCGGGUGAAAAUUGGGGGUCCGUUACGCCAGCAGCCGACUUUCCUCGUCUAUGUCUACGCCCCGCUGCCCGGGCCAGAGGUGUCCGCCUCGACCACUCAUUUCGACGACUACCACUUUCGUACUUUUUGCUGCACGUUCCAGACGUCGUGGGUCGUGCCCGCAAUGCAGGUAGGCAGCGCGGCUCUAACGGCGACUGCCGCGGGUGCCAUCUUUCUGGGGAAGAUGAGGGCGAGGUCGAAGAAGUUGGCUCGUUCCAGCUCCGGGUUGGUGAAGCCCCCUUAUGGUUGCCUCAGGUGUGCCAAUCUCAAGUGCAGCGACAGAAGGCGAUCGGCCUGCGACGAGGCAAUUGCACUUGCAAUGCAAUGCUCAACGCAGCGCAGUGGUGAUCUGUGGCCAGCGCGUUGUCUGUUUAGUUUGCCUUCCGGCAAUUUUUUCGCCGCAUAACAAUACUACUGCGCACGCGCUCGCACGCAUAGGGAAGUAACCCACUUUCUGAGCCCGCUCCAGAUGGCGGGCGCCUAUUUGUAUUGGUGCCGAGGGGCGUAGGAGAUGAAGACGCAAUGCAAUGCUUGCAACUGGUGCAUGUUGGCCACAGAUCAGGAGCACUUUCGCGAUUGCCACGUCUGAGCAAAUCAUAUGUGGCCGGCGGCCCAGUCUUUUCUGAAGCUGGGGUCUUCUGAACGGGUACAGGAGCAGCGCAAACAUAAGUAGUUAAUAGUGUACAACUACAAAUAGUGCAAAGAGAAAGAGCUACUUUUUGCACUAUCGGGCCCAUGAGGUGAGUCCGCCUCGUUUUUUUUUGUCAAGCAGCCACAAGAAGCCUCAGUGUACUUUUCUGAGGAAGCACUUUAUUUAUGAUCGAGCGAGUACGAGUUUUGAAUAUACUGAAAACGUCAACACUUUCCGUUGAAGCGAAGUUAUCUUUCCCCCCGUCUUUGGCGAUUUCUAUCUUCAAUGACCAUGUCGAUCCGGACGCCCACGCCAUGAAUUUCGGAGCUGCAGCUUUAUGGUUUGUUUUACAUAUCGGCAGGGGAGCGGUGCAUUUCGGUGGCGCCAUGAUUUAUUUUUGACAUAGAUGAAGACCAGCAAGAGCAGCUGCACCUGACUCGGGCGACGGCGCAGCCAGAAGAUGGCGUGUCUCUCUGAGCGUUGUGCUGCCGCUGUGUUGGGGCUAAAACUUAAAUACGGGUAAGUAUAUAUCCAAACACAAUGAUCUUCAAAAUAUAUAGUUAGGAAAUAACUACAGUUACUACAGGAGCACACAGCGAAGUUUUUAUCUUGUAUUUUCGUUCUCACACUCACCAGGUAAAUACUUAUAUUAUACUUUAACUAAAAUCGAUGCCGUCCGGCCUUUGCAUCCGAUCGCAGUCUCUGAGUCGUUGUAGCGAGAUAAAAAGUACCAGCUACGAAGAACUGCAUCACAUCCAAUUUUGUCCACUGGCCCUGCUCAGGAUUUCGAGUUGCUGUUCAUGUUCUCUGACACAUGAAGCCGCCGCAGGCCCCAAACACCAAGGAGGCCCGGCAAAAUCAUUCUUCUUCGCCAGUUCGGCCCCAGCUACGCCGGGGUGCGGGUAUUAUUUAAAAAUGGCCGGCCCCCUUACGCGUGUAAACCUUGGGCCGUGAGGCUCCGGCGGUGCGAAAAUAUCGAAAAAAAAAAAGGCGCCGCCGCAAUACUAUUUUUGAGACGGCCGCAUGUUUUUAGCGCUACAGUGACCAAAGAACCAGCAUCAGACCCAGAACAUAAACGAAAACGCCCAAGCUCUUUGAAGAAGGUAACUGCCCACGGAGCAAGUAGUCAAAAGAGUCACUGUGACAGCGAGGAACUACAAGGGGCCAAAGAGAUGAUGAGCGAGGAGGUUUCUUGUUGAUCAUGAUAACCUCCAGAAGCGGGUUGUAUCUGUAUGCUGCUAGCUGUUGCAAGUACUGUCUAAGUCACUGUAAGGUCCUUCAGAAAAUGUGCAAGUGCUGUAUGAUUUUUUAAAAUGCAUGUUUGCGCAGUUGCGCAGUUGUUGUCUUCAGGAGCGUCUUAGACGGCAUCCUCACAGAGCUGUUCAUGAUCUCGGAGCCGCGCAUGUGUAUUCUGGCUCUCUUUCAAAUUCAAUCGUCGCUUGUUCAACAAG